AUGACGCCUCCGAUGCCGUCCGACUACUCGGACGACAGGCUGCUAGCCUUUCUCCGCCGGAAGCUCGCCGGCGAGCAGCUCCUCGCCACAGCCGCCACGCAUUUCCACGAUGUCGACAUCUACGCCGCCGACCCAGCCAUCCUCACAUCGGUCCACGAGCCGGCCCCGGCGAAGAAAGGAGAUGGCGAUUCCUGGUUCUUCUUCACCCACGUGAAGCCUAAGAGCAGCCGUGACACCCGCAAGUCUCGCCAGGUCGCCGGCGGAGUGGGCACCUGGCACUCCGAGCGUGCUCCCCGUGCCGUGUUCGACGACGAGGGUAACUGCAUCGGCCACUUUCAGUAUUUCUCGUACAAGAUUAAGACCGGCAAGAACUCCAGUGAAAGGACCCAAUGGUAUAUGGUGGAGUUCAGCGACGACGAUCAACAAGGUAACCACGACCGCAUCCAUGGCGGCGAGCCCGUGCUAGUUCUUUGCAAGAUCUAUAAGGCCCACUCUAAUUCUAGUUCUAGAUCAUCAACAGCGCGCAAGAGAAAGCCCACUGAUGAGCUCCUCAAUCAGGUCUCAUCUCCCGUGAAGGCAAAGCGCCGGCUUUUCGACUAUCCUGCUCCAAUUUCUAUGGCGGCCGCGUCACAGGAACCGUUUCUGUGCAGCGGGUUGCUACCCAAGCCAUCGCAUGAUGAGGAAGCAAAGCAUGAAGAACUAGAGACGUUGCAAGAAAAGCUGAGCUCUAGAGUCUCGUACAACUUUCAGCUGCAGGGCAACAACAAUGCUACAUUGGAUUCAGUGUUCAGGCUUGAAGACAAGGCCAGUGAGUCUAUUAUUCAGAGAUUCUGGACAAAGGCCGAGACAGGGGCGUCUGAAGAACAAGAGUUGUCGCAGGAAAAGCUGCUACAGGAUAAGAGCAAUACUACAUUGGAUUCUGCUUUCAAGUCCGAACUAGAGCCAUCGCAGGACAAGGUCAGCGAGUCUAUUAUUCAGAGAUUCUGGACAUCGGAGACAGAAGCAUCACAGGUAGACAAAUCAUCGAUGAACUGCAGCUUCUUGAUGUCCGGCGGUGCUCUUCCAAUGCGUGCGCACUGUGCACCAGAGGUGACCUUGUCCUCUCCUUCUUGGAUAGGCAAUGACAUCACAGCAUCCUGUUCCAGUGAACUCGGGUGGUUUGUCAGCCCUGCCCCUCCAAUGCCUGCUCACUGUGCACCGAGGGCCUUGUCCUCUGCUUCUUGGAUCAAUGACAUCAUGGCAUCCUGUUCCAGUGAACUCGGGUGUGUUGUUGGAGCACCUACUUACAAUGAGUUGGGCGGCAUUGCUGGUGGCAGGUUCACAGGCGAACCAGACAUGCGCAUCAUGCCCUUUGCUCAUGUUCCACUGGCUCCUGCGGCGUCUUGGAUUUUCAGCGGCCCUGACAUUUGGAGUUGCUGA